AUGCCAGCUUCUAAGCGGCAAUCACUCGCCGGAGAUUCUCCCCCCUCCGAUCACCGGCUUAACUUUCUCAUAUACGACAAACACAUCCAUAUAAAAAAUAUGCCGGCGUGGAGGAGGAGAAAGGGCGGCGGUGUCGGCAAUUCCAAUAGAGCAACAACUUCAGAGCAGCAACUUUCCCCUAAAAUUGACGGUGAAUUCGAAGAUCAGAAGAGCGAGAAAGAGAAUAUAACGAAGAACUCCAAUAAUAAAAGUAUCAAAAUUUUGAAAAAAGAGAGAAGUAAACGUUCUUGUAUAAAUAGUUGUUGUUGGUUGAUCGGAUUUAUAUGUUCAACUUGGUGGUUUUUGUUGUUUCUAUACAAUGCUAUGCCGGCAUCGUUCCCGCAAUACGUGACGCAGGCGAUAAGGGGGCCAACGCCGGAUCCGCCGGGUGUAAAGUUGCAUAAAGAAGGGCUAACGGCGAAGCAUCCGGUUGUUUUUGUCCCCGGAAUAGUCACCGGUGGACUUGAAUUGUGGGAAGGUCACCCCUGUAUGGAUGGCUUGUUUCGAAAGCGACUUUGGGGUGGCACAUUUGGUGAAGUAUAUAAAAGGCCAUUAUGCUGGAUUGAGCAUAUGUCACUGGAUAAUGAAACUGGGUUGGAUCCUCCUGGUAUUCGGGUCAGACCCGUAUCUGGACUUGUGGCAGCGGAUUACUUCGCUGCAGGCUAUUUUGUAUGGGCAGUUUUGAUCGCCAAUUUAGCCAGAAUAGGAUACGAGGAGAAAAACAUGUAUAUGGCUGCUUAUGAUUGGAGACUCUCAUUUCAAAACACAGAGGUUCGAGAUCAAAGUCUAAGCAGGAUGAAAAGCAAUAUCGAGCUCAUGGUAGCAACAACCGGUGAAAAAGUGGUGGUGAUUCCACAUUCCAUGGGUGCUUUGUACUUUUUACAUUUCAUGAAAUGGGUAGAAGCGCCACCUCCGAUGGGUGGUGGUGGUGGGUCGGAUUGGUGUGAUAAGCAUAUAAAGGCUGUGAUGAAUAUAGGUGGACCAUUUUUAGGGCUUCCAAAAAUAGUCGCAGGGCUCUUUUCUGCUGAAGCUAAAGACAUUGCUGUAGCCAGGGCUGUGGCACCUGGUGUUCUUGAUUUGGAUAUAUUUGGAUUUCAAACUUUACAACAUGCAAUGAAAAUGACAAGAACAUGGGAUUCAACAAUGUCGUUAAUACCAAAAGGUGGAGACGCGAUAUGGGGUACACUUGAUUGGGCUCCUGAAGCAGAUCAUGAUUGUGUUGCUAAAAACCUUAAAAAAAUGAACAAUACUCAAACAAGAAGUGAAAAUGGUUUCAUGUCUUUGAAUUAUGGGAGAAUAAUCUCUUUUGGGAAAGAUGUUGCUCAAUUGCAUUCAUCAAAAAUCGAGAGGGUGGAUUUCAAGGGUGCUAUUGAGGGUGGUAAUUAUGUAAAUAGAUCGUGUGGGGAUGUAUGGAAUGAAUACCAUGAAAUGGGAUUUGGAGGGAUUAAAGCUGUUGUAGAUUACAAGGCUUUUACUGUUGAAUCUGUUUUAGAACUUUUGCAAUAUGUGGCUCCAAGGAUGAUGAAGCGUGGUAGUGCUCAUUAUUCAUAUGGAAUAGCUGAUAAUCUAGAGGAUAAAGAAUAUCAACACUAUAAAUAUUGGUCAAAUCCCUUAGAAUCUAGAUUACCAAACGCACCCGAAAUGGAAAUCUUUUCAAUGUAUGGAGUCGGUCUCCCAACCGAAAGAUCCUAUAUUUACAAAUUCAGUCCGUCAUCCGAAUGCUAUAUUCCUUUCCAAAUUGACACGUCAGCAGAGGGUGGGACCCACCAGACUUGUUUGCGGGGCGGGGUUUAUUCGGUUGAUGGAGAUGAAACGGUCCCGGUUUUAAGUGCCGGGUACAUGUGUGCAAAAGGUUGGAGGGGGAAAACACGUUUUAAUCCCUCGGGGAUUAAAACGUAUGUAAGGGAAUAUAACCACGCCCCUCCGGCAACAUUGCUGGAGGGACGUGGGACCCAGAGUGGAAACCAUGUGGAUAUAAUGGGGAAUUUUGCUUUAAUUGAAGAUAUUAUACGGGUGGCAAGUGGAGCUACGGGAAAUGAUUUGGGAGGUGAUCGAGUUUACUCUGAUAUUUUUAGAUGGUCUGAAAGGAUUAAGGUGCGGUUGUAGAUGAUGAUGUGGAAAUGAGGUUUUUGUGUUUGUUAAUGUGUGUUAUAAUGUAUUGUAGCUCUUAAGUUGGUUUAGAUUGUAAUUAGGUACAGUUUGAAGUGUUAUUGUGAAAAAGGAAUAGGUCAUUAGUUUUGGUGUAGUUACAUUUUUUUUUGGUUAUUUUAUGAAUUAGUUAUGGAUACCUCAUGCCUUAGUGUCAUGAAGGAGUUGUUUUUUUUAUUUAACCA